AUGCUAAAUGGAAAGCAAGAGGUUUCUGGAGACCAUGGAUCCCCUAAGCUUAGAGAUCACAUGGAACGUUGUGUGAGCUGGGGGAGGGGGGAGGGAGAGAGGCCACAGCUUUCACUGAGGCUCAAGUGGAUCUGGAACUCAAAAGAAAACGUGGAAAACCAGCGGGUGAGCGUCAAAGAACACCUCUUGGCCUUUUUUACUGGGGUUCUGCUGACGCUGCUGCUGACGGCCCUUGUCCUCCUCAUCCUCAAGUGCUGCAGGAAGCGUCACUCUAGUUUCCAGGCCCAGCAGCCUCACUGGGACCCUCCAGCCAAGCUUUCACCCAUCCCGGGGGAGUCACUCACCUACGCCAGCAUGACUUUCAAACCCUCAGAAGAAAAGGGCGGUGGCUUGACUGAGAACCAUUCAGCGGACUUCGACCCGGUUGUCUAUUCUCAAAUUAAAGCCACAAACUCACCCUACCCUCCCAGUGAAAUCUGA